ACUAUGCGUCUAUUUAUACGAUGUGAUUUCACGGUAUUGGUUAGUAUAUCAGCUGAAUUCAGAUUACUGUGACAGUGAAGUUGUUCCGGAGCUACUGUUUGUUAAAAUAUUGAGAAAUCCGUGUGAGUUAAAGAUACAAGUGUGUUUGGUCACAUUAAAGUGCAAAGCAGUAAUCAGUAGAGCCACAUUUGAUUCAACAAAAAUGGCGUUGAGAAAACAUAAGCAGUACGACUGGAAGGACUCCAACCUCGCCUUGUUUGGCUCCGACACGGAGAGACAAGUGAAAAAGGAGUCGGCGCAAACGGAACCCGCGUGGAAGAAUGCCGGGCAGAAGAUCGGUAUCCAGAUCUGGCGUAUUGUGAACUUCAAGGUUACCCACUGGCCGAAAGAGGAUUAUGGGAAGUUCUUUGACGGAGACUCCUACAUCAUACUCAAUACGUACAAGGAGGAGGAUACGGAACAGCUGUUAUAUGACGUCCAUUUCUGGAUCGGCAAAUUUAGCUCUCAGGAUGAGUACGGCACAGCGGCAUACAAGACCGUGGAGCUGGACACACUUUUGGACGAUGUUCCCGUGCAACACCGCGAGGUCCAGGGUCACGAGUCCGAGCUGUUCCGAUCAUACUUCAAGUCCAUCACGAUUAUGAAGGGCGGCGCGGACAGCGGCUUCCGGCACGUGAAACCUACAGAGUACAAACCGCGCCUGCUGCACUUCCACGGAGACCGGAAGGGGGUGAUGGUGCAGGAAAUUCCGCGGAACAAGAGUCUCCUGGACAACACAGACGUGUACAUCCUCGACCUGGGCCUCAAACUCAUCCAAUGGAACGGCACCGGCGCCAACAAGGAAGAGAAGAUGAAGGCGUUGAUGUACCUGAAGGAACUUCAAGGAGAGAGGGGAGGGAAAUGUACGACCGAGACCCUGGAUGAGGACCCUGUAGAAGAUCAGGAUGAGUUUUACGGGGCUCUGGACGAGGAGCGGCCCUCGGUGGACGAGGAGGAGAAGGGCGCCCAGGACAUGGUCAAGGAACUAUACAGAUUGUCGGAUGCUUCCGGGAAGAUGACGAUGGCCCUUGAGAAGAAAGGAUCUGACGUCACCAAGAAGGCUCUCGACAGCAAGGACGUGUUUAUCCUGGACACGAAGGACUCCGUGUUCGUCUGGAUCGGCAGCAAGACGACUGUCAAUGAACGCAGAAACGCCAUGACAUAUGCUCACAACUACCUGAUGAAGACUGACCACGCCCUGGUGCCAAUCUGCUGCGUGUCCGAGACGAUGAAGAACAAGUGGUUUGACACCGCCAUCGCUGCCUAGGGUCCGAAGCCACACCCACACGUCCAUGUCUGGGGGGCGGGCGGGGGCUGGCAACGCCCAGACAGACUUUAAUUAUUUACUUCUCAUGUAAUAUGUCCCUUCUUGUGUUUGUCCCGAAAUUGUUAUGCGUAAAACAGUGUUCAUGUACAGUGUUACUUAUACAUAUGUGUGGCCAAGAACUCGAAUCAAAACCUGCGCAUGUUCUAGAUAGCUAUGAUUUUCAAUCUACCCUUUCGGGGAUAUAUGUUUCAAAUGCCAACGAGAAUUACUGAUUAUUUGGAUUACAAGUAUUAUUUGAUCCAUAAUAGUUUUUAAUCAUUUCCAGUACUUUUAAUACAAUUCAUAUACAAGGUUCUACUAAGCUUAGUCGCCAAUCAUGUUCAAACAUUUGGGACAUGCACCAUCUUUCUGUGAUGCUCCAACAUUUUAUAUAUACAGUGGAACCCCGUUGGCUAGAACUCACAGGGACCGGCGAAAAUACCUCGAGCCUCGGAAAAUUCGAGCCGAGUGGGAAUGCUCUCCCUCAGUAUAAAGGAUUCGGUCCUUUGCAUCCUUUUCAAGCCAAAGGGGUUUUACUGUAUUGUGUCCUUGACACUGAACAAACUUUUUCUUACUUGUAGUUUUUUAUAACAUAUAUAGUGGUGUUCACAGAUUUUAGAUGCAAUAACAGUUACUGUCUACAAAUCCGUACAUCAUACAUGUAAAAAGCUCUUCUUCGGUUAUCUGGAUCAUUAAAAUCCUGGAAAUAACUAUAUUUCUGAAAUAAAAUCACUAAAACAAG